AUGCAUCCCGCAAUCUCGAAAUCCUACAUCGUGCCGGCUAUUUUCCUCAACCCGGUCCUUUUCCUCCUCAGUCUCAACACCGUACUCUCACGUGUUCUACCACCAAUCUUAGUGGACGCUGCCAAACAACCGCCGCCAUACUCUACCUUCGGUCCUUCAGCCCAACAUCCCCAUCUCAACGUCCACGCUUCAGAAAAGCUCUGUUGGAGCUACACCUUCUUGAUCGUCUGUGCGCAGCUGGCAGCUUUCGAAAGGGUCAGUGGAUGCAGGGAAGCGGGUAAAGUGAAAGCAAGGAUAAAGGGGGAGCGUGCCCGGGUGAAGAAUGGUGCUCGUAAGGAAAUUGGGAAAGCUGUCUCUCUGAACGGCAAUGGCCGCGCCAUUGGGAUUGUUGAGCAUGUUUCGGAGACUCCACUGUACGAAGAUCAAGAGGAUGGUUCCCUUGGAUCAGACCCGAAACUGUGGCGUCCCGAAGUGAGCGACGAGGACUCUAUUAAUACUAGCGAUUCAGAGACUAUACUUUGA